AUGACUUUAUGGAAUGGGGUGCUGCCUUUCUAUCCCCAGCCCCAUCACCCUGCUGGCUUCAACAUCCCACUGCUCAUCAUCAUUGCGGUGUUCUUGGCUUUGGGUGCCAGCUUCCUGCUCAUCUUGCCUGGGAUUCGUGGCCACUCGCGCUGGUUCUGGUUGGUGAGAGUUCUUCUCAGUCUGUUCAUAGGAGCAGAAAUUGUAGCUGUGCACUUCAGUACAGAAUGGUCAGUGGGCAGCAUUAACACCACCACAUCCUAUAAAGCCUUCAGUUCAGAGCGAGUUCGAGCUGAUGUCGGUCUGCAUGUGGGCUUGGACGGCAUUAACAUUACACUCACAGGGACCCCAGUGCUGCAGCUGAAUGAGACCAUAGACUACAACGAGCAGUUCACCUGGCGGUUUGGCGAGAACUAUGAGCUGGAGUAUUCGGGAGCACUUGAGAAGGGGCUGCCGGAUCCAGUUCUCUAUUUGGCGGAGAAAUUCACCCCCAGCAGCCCCUGUGGGCUCUACCGCCAGUACCGCUUGGCUGGACACUAUGCCUCAGCCAUGCUGUGGGUGGCGCUCUGCUUCUGGAUCCUCUCCAACGCGCUGCUCACAAUGCCGGCGCCGUUCUACGGGGGCCUGGCGCUCCUGGUCACCGGCGCCUUCGCGCUCUUCUCAGUCUUCGCCUUCGCUUCCAUCUCCAGCGUGCCGCUCUGCCCCAUCCACCUCGGCACCUCAGCGCUCACCACUCACUAUGGGGUCGCCUUCUGGAUCACGCUGGCCACGGGCACCCUGUGCCUCCUCCUCGGAGGGGCGGUGGUGACGCUUCACUACACUUGGCCCAGCGCUCUUCGAACCUUUUUGGAUCACAGCGUCAAAGACUGUGGUGGCCAGGCAAACGGGGACUCAUCUCUCGUCCUCAACAACCCAUUGCACGAACAGUUCGGAGUCUCGUACUUAACAGCCACUACUAACCUGUGAAAUGGACUC